AUGAGCGAAUCCAAUUCUUGUAGAAUCUCCUUCCUGCUACUGAAGCCGGUGCUGCUUUCCUCUGCAGUGUCAGACUCUGUGAUCACCAGCGCUGCCUUUUGUUCUCUGCAGAGUCAGACUCUGUGGUCACUGUCAGAAUGGGAGACCAUUAAGGAGAAUGAGACGGUAACAUCAAAACUGAGUAUUUUCCAAAGAGCAGUGUCAAAAAGAUUUCAAGGAAGUAUUUCUCAGGUGCUUAAUUUUGUAAAAGAGUGGCAAGUUUUGUCAAGUCAGCUGGAAAAUGAAAAGAGAAAAAGUAGAUAUAGUGAAGAAGGUUCCCUGUGUGAAAAGGGGAAGAAGAAAAGUCCGCCAGGAAAAUGAGGCCAGAAGUGGAGGGAAUUUGAAGAAAAUUUGACCUUAGAUUCAGCUACUUGUAAAAGUUUAAUAGGUAUUGAAAAAAAGCUUUGUAAGUGUAAUAUAUGUUGUAAAUGUUUUUAAUAAAGUCUCCCAUCUAUGAACCAUCAGAGAAUCUACACUGGUGAGAAACCAUGCGGAAAGGGCUUUAAUCAGCACUCAAACCUUCUAAAACUUAGGAACCAUUCUGUGGAGAGACCUGUUAAAUGCAAUGAACAUUGCAAAUUUCCAUUCAUAUGGGAAAGAAUUCUUCUAAACUACCAGAGAAUCCACAUUGGGGAGAAACCUUAUAGACAUAAGGAAUACGGAAAGGGCUUCAUUGGGCACCAGGUCUUAUACAUACAGCAUUCAGAGGAGAGAUUAUAUAAUGUAUAUACAAUAUAAAGUAAUGAAUGUGGGAAGGUGUUUUCUUCUUCUUACCUUCUUGACCACAAGGGGCUCUGCAAGGGGGAAGAAUCCUAUAAAAGCAAGAAGUCUCACAAAGCUUUCAUUCUAAAACAGAGCCUUAUCCUGCACCAGAAAAUCCACUCUGGGGAAAAGUCCUGCCUCAACACCUAUAAACAUGUUGAAUAUGGGAAAAUGUUUGCUCAGCUCAGGUACCUUGUUGGCCAUCAUCGACUUCACAGUGCAGACCCUUACAAGUGUAAGGAAUGUGGAAAAGUUUUCAUUCUAAGUAAAAGCAUCCUCUUAUACAGAGUCCAAACAGAGAAGAAAAACUUUGGUUGUAAAAAUAGGAAGAUUUUUAGUUCCAAGUGAAACCUCACUGACCAUAAAAGGAUCAGUGCAGAGAAGCCUUACAAACGCACUGAGUGUGACAAAGUGAGCCAGAGUACUUAUCUGUGUGACUGUCAGGGACUCCACAAUGGAGAAAAGCCCUAUGGAGCGCAGGAAGUUUUCAUUCUGAAGAAGAGCCUCAUUUUACAUCGAAGCUCAACUGGAGAGACACUCCAUGAGCUCGAAGACUGUGGCGUCAACAGAAACCUUUUUGGCUAUGCGGGGAGGAGCCAUGUACUGGUCCAUCAUAAGCCCCAUACCCAGGAGAAAGCAUUCAAGGGGGGGGACUGUGGGGAGGUGUUUAGUUAUCAUUCAAACCUGCUUGUCUGUAGAACCCACACUGGGGAAAAGCCCUUUGAAUGGAGUGACUUUCAGUUCAAUCGGGAACCUCAUUGAGAGCAUAAAAUAAUUCACAGUGGCGAGAAGCCCUGUGAGCGUAACAAAUGUGGAGCAUGCUUCACUCCCGGGGGUGGGGAUAUGAGGGAAAGCCUCAUCGGACACCAGAGGGUUCACGCAAGGAAAUCCUUUAAAUGCAAUGACUGUGGGGAAGUCUUCAGUUACCACUCAAAUCCGAUAACCCGCCAGAGAAUCCAAGCUGGUGAGAAGCCCUAUGAGCGUAAUGAGUGUGAAGGCUUUAUCCAUAACAGAAACCUUAUUGAACAACAAAGAUUUCACAGUGGAGAAAGAUCUUAUGAAUGUCAUAUAUGCAGAAAAAUCCUUACUUCAGGCAGAAAUCUUAUGGUCCAUCAAAAAAUCCACACUGGAGGAAAAAAAAAACAUAAAUGUGGAAAGUGUGGAAACAAUUUUAGUCAGAACAAAAACUUGGUGGUACAUAAGAGAAUACACACUGAGGAAAAAUCUUAUGAGUGUGAGAAACACAGGAAAUCUUUUGCCUCUAAGAGAAAUUUAACUGACCACCAUAGAAUCCACACAGGGGAGGAGAAAUCCUAUGGGUAUAAUAAUUGUAAUAAAGUUUUAAGGCUAAAAUAAAACCUCACUGUACACCAGAAAGUUCACACAGAUGAAAAUUACCACGAGUGUGUGGGGUCCACUAAGGAAUUCUUACAGACUUCAAGACUUUACCAAUAA